UUUUCGGAAGAAAAACAAAACAGUAGAAAACGACGCUGUUUAAAAUCAAAGAACGAUGCCGUUAUCCCGUUGCAGCCAAUAGCCAAAUCUCUUCCUCUUGCGCACAAACCCCAGCAAAGAGAGAGAGAGAGAGAGAGAGAGCUUCUGCAUGGACCUUCGACCUCCCUGCAAUAUCUGGUCUUUAAUUCACCGGCAACCUUCUCUUUACCGGCGAGUUCCUCUGCCAUUCUCCCACACUCAUCCCUCCAGUUUGUCCAAAUGCCGCCGCAAAACGAAGUCGGAGCUCCAGACGCCGGCGGGUGUCUCAGGCCGCACGAACAAUUACCCCCCCUCAAUUUCAUCCCAUAAAGUCACCGUCCACGAUCGGCAACGCGGAAUCGUCCAUGAAUUCUUCGUUCCUGAGGACCAAUACAUAUUACACACUGCUGAGUCCCAGAAUAUUUCGCUUCCAUUUGCUUGCAGGCACGGCUGCUGUACUAGCUGUGCUGUUCGUGUAAAAUCUGGGCAAAUAAGACAGCCUGAAGCCCUAGGGAUAUCUGCUGAAUUGAAAUCCAAGGGAUAUGCACUUCUAUGUGUGGGCUUCCCAUCUUCUGAUAUUGAAGUAGAAACACAAGAUGAGGAUGAGGUAUAUUGGCUUCAAUUUGGAAGAUUUUUUGCCCGGGGACCUGUUGAAAGGGAUGAUUAUGCAUUGGAGUUAGCCAUGGGUGAUGAGUAAGCAAAGUCAAGUGUGGAAUCAGAAGUGUGUUCGUGUGAAAUAAACAGAUUGUAUUUUUCGUCCGUAUCUAUCGAGCUUUUUUUGUUACUUGUGUAUCUUUAUUUUUUUAAUCUUUUUUUUUUCUUGUUGCUGUGUUAUGUACCAAGAUUUAUCUAAUCCAAUUUACCAAUGGCUAGUAUAUUGGAAAUUAAA